AUGCCGCCGCGCCGGCCUCGAUUGCUCCCGGCUGCGUGGGCGAGGUUGGGGGCAUCGAUUGCUUUGGCCUGCCGCCGUGACUCCGACAUAAAGCGCUUGGCCGCGUCCUUUUAUUUCGAUGUUGUUCCCCCCCUUUUUCCCCCCACCCGCCUCGUUUCGGUGCUGAUCUCACCGCCACCCCCCGUUUCGGUGCUGCCCCGCUGCUCUCGGUUCUCUAGCGGAAUUUUCCCACCAGCCGGUCUGCAGCGCUUUUUCUCAGCGGCCGACUGCUUUCCCCUGGCAGGCGGGCGUGGGGCGUCCCGAGCGCAUCGCUCCGUGCCGCGGGGCGCCAUGGCCGCGCAGCGCAGGGCGGCUCCGCGGGGCCCCGAGAGCGGCGGGACGGCGGCGGGGCCGGGCCGCGGGGGCCGCCGCCACAGCGGCGCCAGGAAGAGCAGAGCCCAGCAAGAGUCACGGUGGAGGUGGCUGAAGACAGCGUUCCUCCUUCUCUCGGCUGCCGGCGGUGGCCUCCUGAGCUGGAGCUGCCUGAGCGCUGAGGAUGGGGUCACAGAGGUGCUGGCUGGCCGCAGCGAGAACCUGCGGGGCAAGUUCAUUGAGAUCCCCUGCUCUGAAGACUAUGACAGCCACAAAAGAUUUGAAGGAUGCACGCCUAGAAAGUGUGGAAGAGGUGUGACUGAUGCAGUAAUCACAAGGGAAGAAGCUGAAAGAAUCCGCAGAAUAGCAGAGAGGGGACUGUCCUUGGGAGGAUCUGAUGGAGGGGCAUCAAUUCUGGACUUACACUCUGGAGCUCUUUCACUGGGGAAGCAUUUUGUUAAUCUGUACAGGUACUUUGGGGACAAAAUUCAAGACAUCUUCACCGAAGAGGAUUUUGCAUUAUAUCGUGACGUGAGACAGAGAAUUCAACAAAGGAUUGCUCAGGCAUUUGGUAUCAGCUCUGCUUCCAUGUACCUGACUAAGCCAACGUUCUUCUCGAGAAUAAACAACACAGAAGCCAAGACAACACACGAUGAAUACUGGCACCCACACGUUGACAAGGUAACUUAUGGCUCUUUUGACUAUACUUCACUGUUGUAUCUCUCUGACUACACUGAAGAUUUUGGUGGUGGACGGUUUGUGUUUAUGGAUGAAGGUUCCAACAAGACAAUAGAGCCCCGAGCAGGCCGGGUUUCCUUUUUCACCUCUGGAUCGGAGAACCUUCAUCGAGUGGAAAAGGUUCACUGGGGCACUCGCUAUGCCAUCACCAUCUCCUUCACUUGCAACCCAGACCAUGGCAUCGGGGAUCCAGUCCUGAUGUAAUUCCUCUGGGGAUGGAACAUGAGGUCAAAUGGAAUGAGAGAAGCCCUGCAAGAGGAGAGGAAAAAGGGAGAUAACAUCUCUUGUAACCUCACAUUCAAUUAGAAUUUCCCAGCUGUAUUAAUAUAUUGUAAUACAUUUUGUUUUCACAUGUCCUUUUCCAUAAAUGUUGCAAACAGUGCCUUAAAGACCAUCUGAAAUUCGGUGUGUUCUGAAAAUGGUUUGCCUUUGUCCUAAAGGGAUAGGGUACAAAGAAGAGUUCCAGAGUGGGUGUUUGGUUUUUUUUAAUUAUAUUUUAAAAUUCUUCAGUUUUAAAAAUAUAAACAAUUUUUUGGACCAUGUCUUGAUAUGACUCCCCAUGCUACUGUUACCUGUUUAAUUGCAUUAGUAACUGAAGAGACUAAAUAAUGUAGAAAGUUUGACCUAAGUUAAUAGAGCAAGAUGAUUGUUACUCUGUUGAACAAACCUUCUGUAGAGAGAUACAUCUUCUCCUUAGCAUGGACAUUAGUGGGCAAUACACCUGUGGUUUGACUACUGGGACUUACUUGAAUUUAUUUUUUUAUUGAAUUACUACAGGUAUUUUCUGCUGCAAACAGGGACUAGUUAAUACAAAGUCAGAAAUACAAUUUUCUGGUUGGCCAGAAAGCCUAUUGCUUUUGGAUGACAAAUGCUUUUUGCUAGGGAAUGUCACGGCAUUAGAUCCCUUUGAUCAGAAUGCAGCAUUCCAAACUCACCUUGUUUUCUUUGCGUCUUAAUGAAAAUGAUCAGUCUCCUGGUUGAAAGCCCGGUGUUAGGGUUAGUAAGAGCUCCUUAUGGAGAUGGCUUGACCAUGUAACCCUGUACAUUAAGUAAAUAUUAAAAAGGAGAGCUGGGUAGAGGUAAUCAGACAGUCCCCUGGAUUCAUCUGAGUGUUCACCAUUACCUAAUUUCCAGGUAAGGCAGUGGGGUUUUGGAGGGGCACAGCUGAGAAAAAAAGCUUGUUUUCUGGUUUUCUGUAUGCCAGUUCUGGCCUCCUUAGACUUGGUCCUGUAAACCCUGGCUUGCUGCUUGGAAGGCUGGCUAACAAAGCCACAUGGACUGGUGAACUGUGGCACGUGGGGUCUGAGAGAAUCUGGUAUCCACCUACACUUUAAAUUGAUACGGUGUCAAGCUGGACCUUGAGUGUAAAACACUCUUAAAACAUCUAUUUAUUGUGCCUAAAUGUAAUCUUAAAACCAAAUUAAGGGAAGCUUGGGGUUUUUUUGUUACUAUUGACACAACUACAAAUCUUGGGUUGUGAAAUACUGUGUUUUUAUCCUGUCCAAAACAGUGAUUUAUCUGUUUCAGAAAGUCUCUCAAUAGCUCUUUAUGGACUUCUUUUUUUCAAUUUAGUACUGAUUUCUUUCUGUUAACUAGGACCAUUAGUCUGUGGUGUUCCUUGAAUAAUAAAUUGCAAGGACUUCAGAGAAGAGGGCAUGAUUGCAUUGUAGUACAGAGAGUAACAAACAGAUGCCUCAUCUUGACAACUACUUUGUUAUUACAAAGAUUUUUGCAGUUUAGCACAUUGAUAAGUAAAUGGUAGGAAAACCUGAUUGUUUUUCUCAAAUUCUAAAGCAAACAUGUUGAUUUGUUUUACUAAUAGUCUAUAUAAUUUCCAUGAAACACUUUGAAAAUCUGGGAAUGUGCUUUGAUUUCUUUUUUUAUUUUAUUUUAUUUUUUUAUUUCAUGCAUACAGUUUUCACUUUUUAAUUUAACCUUCUAUGGAAAUAAUAAGUAUUGGGGGGCUUACACUGAAGAUCAAUAUAAAGAGGAAUGAUGAUAAGACACUUGGCCUUGUUCUAUUGUGAGUGUUCUCAUUUAGCAAACCAGCAAGAUUAGUCUUUUGUAAUUUCAUUUAAUUGUUCUCAAACCUGGAAAGAGGCUUCCCUGACCAUGCUAACAAGGUUGAAUUGUUAAAAUGGCUGGAUGCUAGGAAGUAAUAAAGUCAGUUGGGUUCCAUAUCUAAACCCUUGUCUCAAAGCCUGUUAAUUCCAAGAAAUUUGCAUUACACCCAGGUUGUAAGUCUGUGUGAAGGCAGACCAAGAUCAUCAGCGACUGCUUUACUGAUUUAAAAUGUGAUUCUUAAUGCUACUUGGAGAUUAAAAUGUCGGGCCUUUUCCACAAAAAUACCUGAUAGCACUGGAAUCUAAAUAUGAAUGGACUGUGUGGAUUUGGGUUGGGAUUCUCCAUGUUGAGGUCCUAUAUUCCAAAAUUUGUAAACUCACUGUAAGUCCUAUCACUGCUCUGCACCACUGUCAUAAAUUGCUUUGCCACUUUUAAAAGUGUUUGUUGGUUACUUCUGUCAUUCAGACUUUGAGUUGCACUAAAUGAAAAUAGCACUUUCAGAGCUGCCCUUUAUAAAAUACUGUUCAACAACAUCCUGUUAGACCAUGGGGGAAAUCCCAGCUAAUCUCCUCUUGGAUUUUUCAUCUUUUGAAGAUCCUGUGUAUUGUAAUAUCUCCUGAUCACAGUGCAUCUCAUGCUAUGAACUGUCAUUCAGAAAUAAAAUCAAGUUGGUAUUCGUA